GCCUCUUGCGUCAUCCGGGGUAUUUUCAUUGCGCACGCGCACUUGCAAAAACCCAUGAUCUGGUUGCGGUUCCCGCUGUUGUACUCCAAAUUCUCAGCCAGAAGUACUUUAUAAAAGCACAUUGUAUUCCUUCUACUUUGAGGACUCCAAGAAAGAGAAAAACGAAUCGCCAAACAUGAAGCCAGAAGCAGCAGGCAACAACGUGAACAACAUCCACGAACCAGAUGAUUGUCCCCUGUGCAUGGAACCGCUGGAGAUAGAUGAUAUUAACUUCUUCCCUUGUACCUGCGGGUAUCAGAUUUGUCGCUUCUGUUGGCAUCGGAUUCGCACAGACGAGAACGGCCUGUGUCCCGCGUGCAGGAAAGCCUACCCAGAGUGCCCUGCCGACUUCAAGCCACUGACAGAAGAGGAGUUGCAACGAAUCAAGAACGAGAAACGGCAGAAGGACCACCAGAGGAAGCAGAAGAUAACGGACAGUCGCAAACACCUCGCCAGUGUCAGAGUGGUCCAGAGGAACCUGGUGUUUGUCGUGGGUCUUUCCCAAAGACUUGCAGAUACCGAGGUUUUGAAGAAGCAGGAGUAUUUUGGGAGGUUCGGGAAGAUUGUCAAAGUUGUCAUCAACCAGAAUACUUCCUACGCCGGCUCGCAGGGGCCCAGUGCGAGUGCCUAUGUAACAUACUAUAAGUAUGAAGAUGCGCUGAAGGCGAUCCAGGCGGUCAACAACGUGCACGUGGACGGGAGGACCCUCAAGGCGUCGCUAGGAACGACAAAAUACUGCAGCCACUUCCUGAAGAACUCCCAGUGUCCCAAACCGGACUGCAUGUAUCUGCAUGAGUUGGGAGACUCGGCGGCCAGCUUCACCAAGGAGGAUAUGCAGGCAGGGAAGCACCAAGAAUAUGAACAGAAACUUGCUCAGGAAGUUUUGGGCGGUGGUACGGGCCAGUCUCAGUCGGCGCACUCAACAGCGCCGUCAACGCAACAUCAGCACCAACAUCAAUCACAGCAGCCACAACAACAGCAACACCAGCAACAACAGUCGCAGCAGCAGUCAAAACGACAGACGGAAACGCCGCCUCUACCGCAGCAACAGCAGCCCAAGCAGAAGAGCGGCGGCGGCAGCGGCAGCUCAGGCAACGAGCAUAGCAAGAAGCAUUCGAAAAGCUCCAGGAAAAAGCCUUCGGCCUCACCUGCCACUAGCCAAAAUAACUCGCCUCCCGCGAACAACACCGAUCCCUGGCCUGUUACGAACCACGGUGACCCGUGGCCCACCACGAACAGUAGCGACACCUGGCCAGCAUUGGCUGGGCAGGCCAAGUCCAGCGAACCAUACUCACAGUCUCCCGAAGAUACACCGCCUCUCGUCAGCAAUCACACACCGGAAACCCUAGGCCAAUCCCCACCCACGGGCAUCAGCAUACAGACAAAAGGGGUCAGACAGCCCUCGACAGAAGGCUUGCCCCCUCCCAGUCCCGAGCAAUCCCAACCAGUCCCUACAGGCAGCACGUCGUCCCAAUCCAAUCAGAAAUCUUCGUUUGAGGCGGACAAGUCGUUACCGUCGUUCCUCGCCGCCGCUAACGGUUAUAUGAACCAGGGCGUCCUACCAGGUCUGGCACCGCCGCACCCCCACGUACAACCGCCGGUGAAUGGUUCUGGCUUUCAGGGUGGUAGUACCGUGCCGCCAUUGAUUCCCCCUCGCCAAGGCCCGACAUCCGCAGGAGAUUGGAGUGAAGGUGUCAUUCUGAAUAAUGACCUGUUGCCAGUAGCCAGCCACACGGACUGGCAAGCAGCAUUUGGAUUCAGCUCGGGCACAAAAGACCUGCUCAACGAGGACGAUCUAGGAUUUGACCCGUGGAACGAGUCCAACAAGGGGCUGGCCGACCUGCUGGAGAAGGAGCUGCAGCUGGGAAUCGCCGUGGCCUCUGACCCCGUCAAGGCCACCCAACCCCCUCCCGGCUUCACCAUCCCGGCAAACCACGGCUUGGGCUCAGAUGCAGGCAGCAGUAAGAUGCUGAACUGGCUGCAGAUGGACCGGCCGGCCGACUCAAAACCCCAGCACAUCUCUUCUCCUCCCAGCUUCAACAACCGCAAUCCCAGACCACAUCAUUCACCCUCACAGGCGCAGACCAAACACCCAGAGUCCGUCAAGAGCUGGCAGGACGGCCUGAGAGCACUGUUACCCAACAACAUCAACAUCAGCUUUGACGUUGCCAAUCCCGCUGGCAACACCGCCCGCUCAGCCACACACAAAAACUCAGACAUUUGGCCCGGAAUGCAGUCCCAGACCUGGAUGGUUCACGACCCCGCAAUAAUCAGCGUCAACUCCCACAGCACACACGCACCCGGCUUCACAGAAAAAGAAGUCCCCACAGAAGAACAACCACACUGGUUAAAAUCAUUACAGACACUGACAGAUGGGGACACACCCUCCCAUCCCUCAGCCAAUCACCUGUUCCCAGCUCAUGCAUAUGCAAACAGAGGUCCAGCCUGGACAACACACGCCCCUCCCCCCGGCCUCAGACCUCCCACAAAUUCCACUGACACACACAGUCACACAUUAACAGAGAAUCCUGCAGUUUAAAUCCAGGUACGUCCGUUCCCCGCAUGCUGCAACGUAACCAUGGAAAUGAUAUAUCUAAAGUAUCUCCUACCACUGAGCAUUGUGCAACUUCACCCGGCCCGCGACUGCUCUGUGCACCGUCGAAUCCAGGGAGUCGAAAUCAUCGAAAGAGUGAACAAUUUAUUUAAGCAAUUAAUUUAUGAGAUCAAGACUAGUCACACACACUCACGUGUAUUAAAAUGUAACCUUGCAAUUAAAAAAGAAAAAAUUAAGAGAAACUGCAUGAGUUUUUUGCAUGUGACAAAUAUAAUGCACCUUCUUUGGUAAUUGUUUUGUGUUUCCAUCAAUUUAGAUAUGUUGCAGAGAACUCGGAAUGUUGAAAAUAUUUCUUACCGCCUAACUUGUCCGAUACAUGUACAUCUUGAGACAAAAUACUUCAAAUUAAAAUCCCGAGUUUUUUCAGUGUCCUUAUCAAAUUUAUAUCAGAAAUGUUUACGCAUUGCUUCGGGUGUACUUGAAAUUUUUCACCGGCGUUGCGGAAAUGUAUGAAAUAAAAUUCUGUUUUGAAUUACUUGUAAUAUCUUCUUCUUAAGGCCCACAGAAAUCACACCAAACUGCUUUUUCUUUUUGCCCGCCCAAUUUCUAGAAACUGUCGAGUCCACAUUUUCAAUGAAUUUGUGAAAUUGCCAGUAAGAACAGAACAAAAGAACUUGUAGGAAGUUGUAGGAAGAAGAGAAUUGUUCUUUCCUGUCCUUUCAUUGCAGAGAUGAAUUUGUUCGGAAGUGCGGGUUGACGUGGUCACAAAUUUAUGUUUUUGGAAAAUAAAAUAUAUGUAUGAAAAUGAAUUCUUUAUAAAGAUUUACGAAAAGGCUAGUAGAGAAUAUAUUUAAAAGGAAAGAAAGGCAGUGAUUGUUUCUUCGGAUGUUCAUCUAAAAUCGAGACAUAUAAGGUGGUAGCUAAGUAAAUUAUUAACAAAAUGGUAGAACGGAAAUUGGGUGUGUGUGGCUAGUCUCCAAGUGAGACUCUCUGGAUUUUGAUGGGUUCCCAAAGAACCCCAGCCUUCCCAGAUCCUACUGAAUCCAUUAAGAGGGUUUUGGAGGAUUUUGUGGGGUUGGGGAAGGUGUGGUCAAUAAAUGUUACUUUAAUGUGUUGGGGGAUUGGUAAAUCUUGACAACCAUUGGAAGUUUUUGCUUAUCGGCUCUUGCAUUUUGCCAACGCACCGCAUUAUGGAGGUUAUUGGUGUGCACCCAGUGUCAAAGCCUUCUGCACUCAAAGUCAAAAAAAGGCAGAUUUACUAAUUCUUCCAUUGAGAAAUCCUGAUGAAGACUUCGGAGGCCUCUUAAUUCAAACUUUAAAUUUCUUCAUUGUCAGAUUUUGGUACAGAGGUAAACACUCUCGGAUUUAACCAUUUGCAGUGCCCCUCUCUAUUACAUUAGCCCUAACCCCCACCCAAGGGUUGCUGGCCCUAACCUUCCCCAUUUACACAAAGUUGCUCAGAGGCUGUUUGACUUUGUUUUUCUGAGUUAUGCCAAACCCAAUGCAAAAGCCGGCUGUCUGGGCCUACCAGACCUAUCCCCACAGAAUUUAACACUUUACUACUGUUUAAUUCUGUGUGGUUGGGGAAGGUUAGGGUUAAGAAGUAUUUGGGUCAGGGUGAAAGAUCUUUGUUUCUCCUCAUGCCACUUGUGAAUGAGGUUCCCUGCCUCGUUUCUGCCUCAACCACUGGUCGUCUUUAAGACUCACCCGUGAUCACAACGACAGAUAUGACCACUCUGCAGCCAGUUAGACAAGCCAGGUUUUUGAACCCCAAUUAAAAAAAUGUUCGCAGAUUCCUCGGAGGUUCACCUGUGGCGUUUAGGGGAUCUCGCUGGAGUGAGGAAGGUGGAACUGGUGGGUCAGUGAUACUUGAAACACGUUGGGCUGGACGUCUCCUUGACGUUGAAGUUAUUGAGAGCAUGCACUCGGUUUCCUGGGCGUGGAGGAUGCUGGACAAGUGAACAAUUCUGGCCAGAAGUCCAAAGGAGUUGGUGGGUUCACUUGAACUAGUCUGUGCAUUUUGAAAUGUGGGGUUAGUUACCACACGACAAACCGGGCUUUGUUCACGCUGGCUGCAGAGCGGUAUGAGUGCGUCACCCUUUGUCUGGAACCCUGGCUACCCCUCUGGCUAUUUGUACUCAAAAACCGUGCCCCUGCGAGGAAAAGAUGCAUGUAUUCUCUGGUAGGUUUUGGGCGUUCUAACCAUUCUGACAGACUGGAGUAAGUCAGCAUUGGACAAGUGCCGCGGGUGUUUGAGAGGUCAGCGAGGGCGCUGUUUUUGAGGGACACACUUUGUACAGAGACUCGUCUUUUGCCAGGGGAAACUUUUUGGGGGCACCAUGGAAAAUGUGAGAGUGUGCCACUGUAGUCACCUGUACCCACGUUCAUGUCACACAUAUUUUCUCCUUUUAUGGGCUUUAAAGAAACUCUGCCUGCAGCCGGGCAUUUAAUAUUUGGAAUAUGCUGCAUUUACUUAAAAGAAAAUCGUUCAGCUCUUGAUACGGGAAAUAUGUGUUGGUGUGGAAUUUGAAUUCAGUGACUGGGAAGGUGUGUCCUUUUCGAGGUCAGGAUGUGUCUCUUGCAAAUUAAAGAGUGGCUUGACUUUGAUCUGUGCUCAUGUAGAGCGACAUAUGACAUCCCUGUGUUAGGGCUUUUCCAGUCCAGGGGACAUGUCACCCGAUCAAGGUCUUUUCGACCUGCGUUGGGGCGGAUUUGGUUUGCAUUUGUUUCCUAGGGACAAGACCCCUUGAGGUACGGGCACAUCCUGUCUUGAUAGGGCAGUGGCCAUUAUGUAUACCCGCUUUUAUUUGUUUAAGUUCUUGGAUGAUCACGCUAAAUAAGUGGGGGUGGCAUUGAUGAUGGAGAUAAAACAAGAUUUGGUUGCCAAAAUCCAGAUUGAAAGGAAGUCUAACAUUAAAACGCUGCCCAAAAGUUUAAUUUCUUUUGCAAAGGAUAAAUAAUGCAAUAAACAGAAAUGAAAUCGGAAAUGUGGUGGUCGCAAGAAGUUGAACAAUUUAUUACAAUACAAUUACAAUUUGCUUUCAGUUGGUUAGCUUUUUCUCUUCAGUUAAAGUAUGCCAUUUAAAGACGAGGAGCAUAUUUUUGUUUCUUUGAAACUUGCAAAGAUUUGAACUUUGCGGAUAACUUGCAAGGUGUCCUCGGACGUUACUGGGAGUCCUCCGAAGAGGCAAAAAGAAAGGACUUAUAGCAAGGAACAAAUAAACAAGGUCUGAUACCUGAAACAAA